AUGCAUGUCCACUUCUUUCCAAUUGCGCUAUCAAUCGUAGGCGCAUUUGCGAUAUGGCCUCAGCCUACUGAACUGUCAACCGGAACCCAAGUUCUAUGGCUAGAUCCUGCUCUCAAGGCCGUUCUCCAUUGCAAUGAAGCGGAAUAUGUUCUACCUACUCGUGGCCGCGAAUGGUUGAUGAAUAGUCUGUCGGACUUGGUAAAGAGCGGCUUCCAGUCUCCCCGGGUCUGGUUUGACCAGUUUCUAUUAUUUUCAGGGCACAACAAUUGGCACAGCACUACAGAAACUCUCUCCGAGAGCUCUAUCCUGCGUACGGCCACCUUCAGAACCAUCAACUCGAUCCAUCGCUCAACUUUCGUACCCUGGAAGCUGCACAAACGGAACUCGAGCUUCGACCCAGAUGCUGAUAUUCCCGGCCAUCAUCUCUCAGUCCUGCAAAUUCGACAAAACAAUUGUCCUACCUCAGGAGAGCUUCAUCCACCUGCUUUCUUUGCCGGAGAUGAGUCCUAUGAGGUAAACAUCGACAAUGGAACGGCCAUAUUGAGGUCCAAUAGCACUAUGGGCAGCCUUCGAGCUUUGGAGACCUUCCGCCAGCUCUUUUACGCACAUUCGACUUUUCCGGAGCCUACAGUCCUCACGUACCCCUUCAAAUCGCAGAUCGUCCAAGGUGGCGACACCGAGGGUUGA